CAUGGUGGAGCAGGGAGACGCCGCGCCGCUGCUGCGCUGGGCCGAGGGCCCCGCCGUCUCGCUGCCGCAGGCCUCGGAGUUGCAGGCGGGAGGCCGGGCCCGGGGCGGCGGCGUGGGCGCGCGGCCAGCCGCGGAGCUGCCCAGAAGGCGAGAGUCGGAGGAGCCAGCUCCCUCCGAGGUGCUGCUGCAGCCUGGACGCCUGGAGCUGGGCGACGUGGAAGAGGACCAGGUGGUGGCCGUGUUCGUGGUUACCUUCGAUCCCCGCUCGGGAAACAUGGUGGAAUGGUGCUUACCUCAAGAUAUCGACCUUGAAGGUGUUGAAUUCAAAUCCAUGGCCAGUGGGUCCCACAAAAUCCAGUCUGACUUCAUCUAUUUCCGCAAGGGGCCCUUCUUUGGCCUGGCCUGCUUCGCCAACAUGCCCGUGGAGAGCGAGCUGGAGCGGGGCGCACGCAUGAAGUCCGUGGGCGUCCUCUCUCCUUCCUACACCCUGCUCUACCGCUACAUGCACUUCCUGGAGAACCAGGUUCGACACCAGCUGGAGACGCCGGGACACUACUCUCAUCUGGCUGCGUUCUACGAGGACAAGAAGGGCGUGCUGCACGCUGGACCCGGCAGAGGCAGCAGCCUGCCCCCCGUCUACUGGCUGCCUUCCGUCCACCGAUACAUGUACCCCGAGAUGAAGAUCACACACCCUGCUGGCUGCAUGUCUCAGUUUAUCAAGUUCUUCGGAGAACAGAUCCUCAUCCUCUGGAAGUUUGCCUUACUCCGAAAGCGCAUUUUGAUCUUCUCUCCCCCGCCUGUAGGCGUGGUAUGCUACAGAGUGUACUGUUGCUGCUGUCUGGCCAAUGUCUCGCUGCCUGGCAUCGGGAGCACCAUUCCUGAGUCAAAGCCCUUCUUCUAUGUGAAUGUGGCCGACAUCGAGAGCCUGGAGGUGGAGGUGUCCUAUGUAGCCUGCACCACGGAGAAGAUAUUUGAGGAGAAACGGGAGCUGUAUGAUGUCUAUGUGGACAAUCAGAACGUGAGGACUCACCACGACCACCUGCAGCCCCUGCUGAAGAUCAACAGCGCCGACAGGGAGAAGUAUCGGCGGCUCAACGAGCAGAGGCAGAUGCUCCUGUACUCCCAGGAAGUGGAGGAAGACUACAACCCCUGUGAAGAGGACCUCUUUGUGUUGUUUUUCUUGGAGCAAAACAACCGGAUAUUUCAGACUUUGUUGGAGGUGUCUGCCAGUCAAGACAAAACCCUGACAGCGGAGCAUGCGCGGGGCAUGGGGCUUGACCCCCAGGGAGACCGCAGCUUUCUCAUGGACCUGCUGGAGGCAUACGGCAUUGACGUCAUGUUGGUCAUCGACAACCCCUGCUGCCCGUAGGAGCCACAGUGGGCAACCGGAAGUUGGCUUGGAGCCUCCCUAGGACCUUGUGGUUUACUAACCCGACGCCAAGGGAUACAGUUUAGGCUUCCCAAGUGAUGUCAUUUAUGUGAUUUCCUUCCUUCCCCUUUUCUCUGGAGGCAAGGUGAGGUGGCCUUGGCUCUGUGUCCUGCGCCACUGUCUCCCAGAGCUAUUUACUCCUGGGGUUUGGUCUUGGGAGGUGUGUCACCCAGAACAGGCUGAGCUCUGGGGGUGACUGUUCAGGAAAGUCGCUUGGUCUUUGUCCCAGGGUAUGUUCAAGAGUAAGACAGCCAUCCACUGUGGCCUUAGACUGGGGGCUAGGCCAGGGACUUGCUGAGGUUUUACAAUCCCUCCUAGGGCUCAGGAUCCCUGUUUGUUAGGGUGCGUCUGUUCUCUCAGCUCACGUGAGUAGGGACCACAAGGAGAAACAGGAUGUUCCUCACACCAACUAUGUGCUUCUGGAAGGGCAGAACAGGAAGGGGGAGGUUGCUUAUGGCUUCACUGGAAAUCAAAAUUACAGAAUGAAGUCUCAGUCCUUCUCAGAGUUAGUAAUGGCCCCUCGCCGUGAUGUUCCUUUGUCUCAGUCCCUCCUCUUGGCCUGAGUUGGCGAUUUCCCAAGGGUCCGUGUUGGCCCUGGAACUUGGAAGCAAAUGGAUUUCACAGUCUGGUCCCUUAGGAGGACUGGAUCAGCGUGCUGACGUUCACGCGAGCUCUUCCAGCCAGGCCAGAGCAGUGGAACAGAUGGGCUGCAUUCUGGAAGCACUGCCAAUUUCACAGCUGGGUAACGUGGAGGCUGGGGCCUAAAACUCAACAAGCCUGUGGAUCGGUGUGGGGUGCCCUAAGCCUCUCUUUUGUGGAAACAACAUUCCUUAGGCUGAGGCUGGGCUGAGGCCCAGAACCCCAACAGUGCCUUCCGCCCUGAGAGGGUCAGCAGUGACCUCUUCUGAAAUGGCUUGAUGGGUCUGGGGUGUGUCCUGGAGCCACCUGCGUGUCUUGAUAGGCUUCAGCGAGAUGGGGGAUUGUUAACCACUGGGUCUCUUUGGCCAGAGUAGAGCUUCAACCAGGGUAUGGUGGUUGGUGACAAAUCAUAUUUUCUCAUUCUUCCCUGUUAACUGCAAUAGCCGUCAGUGUACCCUUGUCUGUGAUCCAAGACCCACCUCAUGGGCACAGCAGGGAGAAAUACCUUUCAAAUGGAAGGAUAACACAUCUUAUUUCAAGAUAAGGUCCUUCAGGCUUAAUAGCUUUAGUUAAGCAAAUCUUCACUGUAGGCUCCUUGCUCUGGAAUUGAAGACUGGAGAACUCUACAUGUGUGCAAGUCCAAACAUGGAAUCAUCAAGGUGACAUCUUCUAUGUAAAUAUAUAAAUAAGUUUGGUUACUGAAAUGUAAACUCUACAGUUUGUAAACUCUGUCUUUGCCCUCUGCCGUGUGGCGUUAGCCAUGGUUUCAGUAACAUGUGCAUUUACAAAAGGAAAAACAAAUGCAUAGCUUCACCUUGCCCAUCCCACCUUCACUUCCACCCCAGUGGGAGCAGCUGUCCUCCGCUGCCUCCGGGGGGUCAGAGGGCACUUUGCUACUUGGGCGAAGUAAAAUGGCUGCUCCCAGCAGUGUUGUUCCAGGGCUCGGGGUUCUGGGUUGGGUGGUCAGCUAGAAGAAGAGCAAGCUGGAGUGGGUGGGGAAAGCCUGACUUCCUGGGAGGGCGUAGGCAGACCCUCCUUUCCUGGAAUCGGGCACUAGGCUCAAGGAGAGUUUUAAGCACUUCUGCAGCCAGCCCUCUCUGUGCACUUAGAAGUGCUGCUAUAAGGGGAGCAGCACUUCAUUUGCACAGUGACCUGGGACUGCAGGGCUCUUUGAUCUGCCUGCUGCCCAGUGUGUGUGUCCUCCACCUCGUGUACUUAGGGCCAAGGCAUGGGUGGCCCUGGAGGGAACUGGACCAGUGAGACAGUGUCAUGUUUCAGGGGGUUCUGGGCUCAGCUGACCCCAAAGCAAAACUUCAAGUCCUUCCUGUCUGUCAGCUUCCUCCUAGGGCCAGAGGCCUUUGAGGGGGCGCCGCCUCCUGCUGACUAGCAUGUGACGUUUCCUAAGGAUGACACAUCUGAGCUCCUUUCAGGAUGGUUUGCUGUUCCCCAGCCUCUGCCUUCCUGGCUGGAAGGUGCCAGGCACAACCCACCAGCAUUAGCCACCCAAAGUGUGAAGUCCGAGGCAGCGAUCUCUCUUACAGUCAUGGCAGAAGGCAGAGGCUAUGCAGCCAGGAACUGAAGUGAGAAGCUCCUGCCUUGGUCAGAGGUUGGUUUCAGGUUGGCACACUGUGGGAAGCAGCAGUCAGGACCACUCCCAGUCCCGCCCACAAGCUCAGCCCUGGCGAGCUGUAAGCCUGGCGAGCUGUAAGCCUGACCUCCCUGGGGACCCUGUGCCAGCCUGGAAAUGCUUAACCCCGGGACACUAGGUUUGUCCUCUCCUUGCUCUGGAAAGUUAGGAGAAAUUCUAGAUGGAGACUGGCGUCCCGGGUCAGGUGUAUGGGUGGUCGUGUAGCCCGUGACAGAGGGAGGCCUGCUGGAGUGGCUGUUUUCCAGUGUGUGGGCUCAGCAGAUGGCAGGACUCAGCCUUUGGGAAAGGAUCCAGUCGCAGCCUGGCUUUAUUUAGAAGGAAUGGGGAAUGGCAGAGCUUAUCUCCCACCAGACUCAGAAGUGUGGGCCAAAUAAUUUGUUUAGAAUUAGCUUUGGCUUUAACGAAACACGACGCCUUCCGUAUGCCUGGCGUUAAUCACCGCCAUGUCGGCGCCCCGCCUGGGGCUGCAGAGUCCUCUGGAAGCUACCAUCACAGUGAGCGAGUUGGAAGGCACUUGCCUCCCAUAUGCGUCAUCUCCUCCUCCAUCUGGCCAGGGAAGGACAGCUGAAUUAAUUGCCGUCGGAAGACAGUGAUUUUGCGUAGGAACUUGGACCUCUGUCUUACGUGCAGCCCUGGAGCUCUGGGUGGGAAAGGUGCGAGGAACACUGAGGUGCAGCUAAUUCCAGAUGCCACAGGUGAGGGUUGUCCUGCAACCAGCCGUGAUACUUCAACUGGAAGCUAAUUCACUGCUAAAUCAUGGCUGGCUUUUUAAAACGCAGGCCCAGCAUGCCCUGCGUGGGCUUCCUUCUCCCUGGUAGGAUAUGGGCUACUGGGCUUGGGGUCUGUGAGAUGUCUCACUUUUUCCCCAUACCUGUAGAGGAGAAUUCCACAGACCCACGGAGGCUUACAGUCCCAGCCCUUCUCUGUUCAGAAAACCUUUUCUGAUUCAGGUCAGAGGGAGAGGAGGAGUGAAGGGCUCCCCUUACUCCCAAGUCAUGGGUUUUUAAUAUUCCAUUUUUAUUACUAAUAUACCUCUGUUCCCAAGAGCUGUUGGAACACCAAGUGGGAAAGGCUGUGAAUAAGUUAAUAUGUGUUUUUUUUUCUUAUAAGAAAUGGUAGUUUAUUUUUAUACUGAUGUUACUAUGGUGAACCAUGUGUGAAGAUAUUGAAGGACAUUACAAAACUACAGUUCUAGAAGAAUUGGUAAGUUUUGUAAUUGGGUAGCAGCUGGGUCCUCUCACACGUUUGACUGUGAAUGUGUUGGGGAAUGAAUACAGACGUGGCACUGUACAAUCUUCCUGGGGCUUCAUAGGUCAACGUGACAGUCCGAAGGAGGGUGCAGCUAGCCCUGGGUGCUAAGCGGAGCUCCAGCCCAGGAGAGGGUAGACAUGACCGUUAUGAUUAGGCUCUGGGUCAGCCAGAGGUGAGAACGGGAGAUAGCUUCCUAACUGGCACUUUAAUUCACUUUUGGAGCUGGAGUCUUGGGACCACUUAAUGAAAUUAGAAAUUUUCAAAGGGAAUAAUGAACAAAUAAAGUCCUGCUUUUUUUUUUAAUUCACUGUAGAAUUUUGGCAUAGCAUGGAUUUUAGAGCUAAUGUGACCUAAAUCUGAAAAUGUAUUUAAUUCCAUGGUAGGAAGGUAUGAAUUACUUAUGUUGAUAAUAUUUCUGUAGAUGAAUAGAUUUGCUUUCUAAGGACAACUUGGGAAUGUGGGGAUAAGGCAU